AUGCCUAUUUUAGAGCAUCAACCAUUUCCAACAGCUGCCGAAUAUCCAUUUGAUGUAUCUUAUCAACCGUUAAAAACAAUAAUUUUUAUACAACAAUCUAUGGCCGGAAUAAUAGUAGCAGGACAACUAUGCAUAAAUGUUUAUAUGGCUCUGUUGCUGUGGUUUGCAUCGGCAAGAUUUGAGAUGCUGACUGAAGAACUAGAAAAAACUACAAAUGUCUAUCAGUUGUUCAAAUGUAUUGAAAAACAUCAAAAAUUACUCAAGUACGCAAAGGAAGUUACAAUUUGUGCUGGUCCUUUUGCAUUUGUAACUAUAUGUUGUAGCACGGUUGGCUCAAUACAUCAACCUAUACUGCUAAUAUUCCAGUUUUUUGGAAUGGGUGUAAUAGGUAUAUCAGAAGUAUUUAUGUAUAAUUGGCCAGCAGAACAUUUGAUGUAUACGAGCAAACAUGUCGCAGAAAUAGCAUUUCAUAUGCUCGAAAACAAUCAUUUAAUUAAAAUGUGGAAAUGUCUACAAAUUAUUAUAAUGAGAAGUCAAAAACCAGUAACGGUUUCAAUGCCUUGCUUUCUGCCCAUAUUGUCCCUUAAUUAUUUUACAUCGUAUCUUUCAACUAUACUCUCUUAUUUCACAACACUGCGAGUAAUAAUGGAUAAUUAA